CAGAUGCUCAUUUUGCCAAGGGAAGGGACCCUUCUCAAGCUUCCUUUGUCCCAGCACUUGCAUUUGGGUUUAAUCAGGCAAUUGAAGGAGCCGCCUUCUGCCGGACACUACAACCACACAGCUCAGGAAGUCAAGUCGAAGAAAUGGCGGCAUAGUGCCAUGGCCUCUGGCAUUAACGAUGCCCAGUAUCAUGGGAGGACUCUGGCCACCGCCCAUCAAGAUGGCACGGUGCACGUGGCAGGCGCGGCGCCCCUGUGUGGCCACCGAGGAUCGGCCACGUGCCUCGCAUGGGCCGAACACCUGGAGGGUGCUCCACUCUUGGCCUCGGGCUCGGCGGAUGGGCACGUGAUCAUUUGGCGAGAGAUGAGACCCAACGACUGGCAGAGCAUCCACCAGAAGUACGUGCCCGGCAGUGUGAAGUCCUUGGCCUUCAGCUGCCCUGAGCCCUUGAUGCUGGCCGUCGGCGGCGGAGAUGAGCUGGGUGUUCUCACGCUCUUGGUGGAACUUCGCCGUGGAGCGAUGAAUCCCGAGAACUGGCAGGUGAAGUCGGUGCCUGCGCACGAGGGCGGCAUCGCCUCGCUGGACUGGUCUCCGAGCUCCUCUCCCGCGGUCCUGGCAACAGGCCCUGCUGUGGCCAGAGCGCAUGGUCGAUGGCUCGGGGCUAGACGCUUGGCGACAUGUGGAGCUGAUGGACAGUUGAUCAUAUGGCGUAUUGAUGCCAAGAACGAUUCCUUUCAUCGGGAGCACGUGCUGGAUGGUGACCAGAUUGGUGGCAAUGACCUUUGGUGUUCUUUGUCCUGGCGGCCCAAUGUUGGCCUGCCAGGAAAUUCUCUGGGUGCAGUUUCCAAGGAAGGGGAGGUCAUGAUCCUCUCUCAGGACGCCGAAGGCAUGGCCUUUGCUCCUCGACAGCGCUGGUCGCUCGCUCAGGGAGCUGGAUGCCGCUUGACCUGGACCAAGGCAGGGACGUUGCUGGCUAUUCUGGUGAGUCCCGAGAAGUGUGUGCUCUUCAAGGAGUCCUCUAGUGGUGAGUGGAAAGAAAUUGCGGCUGUGGAUGGAUCAUAGUUUUCUUGCGCACAAAAA